CUCGACUCAAAGUAGUAUGUUAUUCAGGUCUGUAUUGUUUUCCGUCCCAUAAAAAUUACCAUUGUAAUAUGAUGUACUGUUGCGCCAACAACAAUUAAACGUAUGCCGUAUCAUUUUGUAUAAAUUGAUCGACUCUUGUCUCAGUAAAAUUCAGUUAAGUUUUGUCCCUUAGGUUCUUAACAACCCAAUCGCAUCAUGAAGUUCCUGCUGAUCCUGGUUGUGUUGGCUGCUCUUACGGCCAGUUCCUUAGCAAUGAAGAACGAUAUCUGUGCUCUUCCGCACUCCCAAAAAGGAUUGUGUAGGGCGCUGAUGCGCAGAUGGUCUUAUGAUGCGGCGAACAGGGUGUGCACACGUUUCAUCUACGGCGGCUGCGGUGGCAACGCCAAUCGCUUCGAAUCGCAGCGUGAAUGUGAGGCAACAUGUAUGGAGUAAAUUUCAGCAAUAAAAUCGUCAAUAAUACUGUAUAAAUGUGUUCUUUGACAGCCAUUCA